UCAGGUUGCGGCUCAGGCUCCGCACAGGCUCCAUCCGCUCAGGGGUGCGGAACGGAGCGCGGGCAGCGCAGCUCUGGGCCGGGCCCGCCCGAGCCCCGCCUGACCUCGCGAGCAUGCGCACAGGCGCGUCCCCGCCAGAGGGCGGUGCCGGGGCGUCGCAGCCGCCGGAGGGGACGAGCGAUCCGGCGGCGCGUGGCCGCUGGCGGCUGCCGUAGCGAACAGGGCGGUGCUGCUAUGGCGGCGGGCGCUCCCGUGCUGCUGGGGCUCCGCGACGCCGCCAUGGUGGGGCCGUGCCGAGGAGGCGGGCAGGCCCCCGCCUGGGCCACCAACAAGCUGGGCGGCUCCGCGGACUGGGUGCCCUCCGUGCGCCCGGGCUCUCCCUGCUGCGGGGUGUGCGGGAGGGCGCUGGCGCACCUGGUGCAGGUGUACUGCCCGCUGGAGGGGUCCCCCGCCCACCGCGUCGCCAACGUCUUCGCGUGCGCCGGGAGGGGCUGCUGGGGAGCGCCCCGCAGCUGGAAGGUACUGCGCUCCCAGUAUUUGCAGACACGAGAAAAGGAAACACAAGAUCACACCGUAAAACAGAAACAAGAAUCAAACUUUGCUGCAAAGGAUUGGUGUGAUGAAGCAGAUGACUGGGGAGUCUGUGAUGGAGCAGAAUCUCCUGCGUGUGCCUCCCUUCAGCUGCUUGGCUUAAAUGAAGCAGUGAGCAGUUCCUUGUCCAGAGAGAUGGAGUGUGCAUCCCAGUUCCAACAGCUUCACUUGUCUGAAGCUACAAAUGGGUCAGGUUCCCCGAAUACACAUCCUCCGGUCAGUGAGGGAAUGGUAAUGGCAACAUCUAGUUCAGCUCCUGUGUUCCAGCCCUUUUACAUUAGUGUUGUGGAUGAGGAAGACUACAUUGGUUUCCUUGAUACAGAUCAUGCAAAUAAGCUAUUGAAGGAAUAUCAGCAGAGAGAGGGUGUUGAUUUGGAACAGUUGAUGUCAGAAAGUUUUGCAGGUGAAGGUGAUAAUGAAAAAUAUGAGAGGAGUGAAGUCAAAAGCAGGGACCACACAUUCCAUAAAUUUAUGAAAAGAAUAUCUGUGUGUCAUGAACAGAUUCUAAGAUACUCUUGGGGUGGCCAGCCUUUAUUCAUAACGUGUCCUCCAGCCAACAUUAACAAAGGUAUUCCAGCCUGCGGUAACUGUGGAAGCAGCAGAAUAUUUGAAUUUCAACUCAUGCCAGCGCUGGUCAGCAUGCUCCAGAGUGAUUCAGGUGUUGACCUCUGACUUAACUGAAUGAAUACUAGAAACAUUCACCUUCUUGAUCUGUCAGUGGAAUUUGGAACCGUUAUAGUUUACACAUGUGAGAGAAGCUGUUGGCCAACAAAUCAUCAAACCCCUCUUGAAGAAUUUAUUUUUGUACAAGAAGACCCAGAUCAGAAAUUAUUUAAAUAAAUUUUAUUUCUCCGCA